CAGACACGGGGAGGCGCGCGGGUGGUGGCUCAGUCAUGACUCCCUUUAAGAUAUUGAGUGCAGUGUUGGUGGGCGUGGUCAGCCUCGUUAGCGGCGAGGCACUCGGGGAAUAUGGCGCACCUUUACUCCGCCCCUUCACCGAGGACCAGGUCUCCCUAAGUGCCAGAACUUCCUCUCGAAGUUCUGAGUGUCCUUGUAUCUACGACGCAAGUUCUUUUGCCCUGAAUUGCAACCAUUUACAGCUCAGGAAAGUUCCUGUUGGAUGUUUCACGGCGUUCCCUCAAACAGUGGCAGUGCAUUUGUAUAAUAAUACCUUGACAGAGAUCCUGGAGGCCGAUUUCGAAGUUUUGAAAGAGACACUUCAGUAUAUAAAUCUGGGGACGAAUGACAUAUAUUACAUACAUCCACGAGCAUUUUCAAAACUUGUAGGGCUCAGGAAUCUGAAUUUAUAUGAAAAUGCCCUCAAGAGAUUGCCGGAAGAACUGUUGGUUUACAAUGGACUAUUGUCAGAAUUUUAUGCUGGCAACAACGGCUUAGAGGAUCUCCCUCUGGCCUUAUUCAGCCCAGAUGUCAAAAACAAUAACUUAACUGUACUAGUCUACCCUAAUGAUUUCGACACAGUGCCCUGCUCCUUCUCAGCCUCCUUCGGGAUCGUUCUGCAUCAGGACCUUUACAACUUCACACACUUUUGGGCAUCGUCCGAAGAAGAAGCGGCUGCCUGCCAGUCCUUCGGCCUCCCCGUCGUCGUGAGGACUUGUCGACCUUACGGCAUGUCAGGAGUAGACUGCUCGAUCCUUACUGAGCCUCUGACUUUCAGCAAGGCCGCCAUGGCUGUAACCUCGGCGGAGACGAAGAUUUCGUUCAGGGCAGAGUUGGCUCCCUUGGCUGGGGAGGCCCCGCAGGCUCUCCAGUGUUUGCCCGAAGGCGUGGACGUGACGGAGACUUAUCGCCUGUACUCCCGCCAUAGUAAAGAACUUGUCAUUGAAACCUUCUUUUUCGAUCUGCUAGAGCUGCCCAGGUACACGACGGGUGAAACGCAGUCUGUGACUCUUCGUGCUGACACUGUGGUGCUGACAGGGCCACUCGAUCCCAUUACUUUCUCUCUCACAAUCAUUGCCCGAAGAAUAGUUCUUGAAAAACCGCUACUUGUUACGACCACUCUGUCAGCCCACGCACCCGGAGCUGAUAAAAGUUUUUACACAGCCCUGCACACACGAGGGCGGGUUGGCAGCAUGGCGGUGGAACGGCUGCAGCAUGGUCUGGUCACUGUCGUCCUGCUCCAAGGUGAUGCUGACCCUUUGGACGACUGCGAACCACUCUCAGACUGGACGAGCGAGGCUGAGAGCUGGGUGAAAGCAUCUCAGUUGUGGCUGUCACUCUACUGCGCUAAUGCUGUUGUGGAAAAUGAAGAAGCUGCCUACUCGGAGCUCGCUCAGGGCAUCAUAGACUUUGUGGCUAACAUCACCACAGACUGGCAAGAGCCGAGCCUUGUUGCGAUCAACCAGAGGGCUGUGAAGGCAAAGCAGGAAAUGGAAAUGAAGCAGCAAAAGCGCCAACCUACGCGGAAAGUACCAUACCUGACUGUUCCAGUCUAUGCCGAUAUGGUGGGCUAUUUGACCGAGAACCUGGAACUCUACAAGGAUGCCAUGGAUAAAUUAAAACUGAAGUUAGAGGUGAAUGCCCAGAGGAUGUUCGACACAAAAAUCGGACUCAGCGAACGGAAGGCAGACUUGGAAGUCAUACAGUCUAGCGCAGGAAUGGCAGUGGAUAAGGCGCAGGCUACCAUGGGUGCGCACGAGAACCAGCUGGAUAACCUGUACCAGCAAACCUUCGUGAUGUGGAAUACGAUAACAAUAACUCACGAUGAGGUAGAGGUGAGCAAGGCCGAAGUUGAAGCCGCAGAGGAGAGGGUCGAGAAGGGCUUGGAGGCCUACAAGAGGCGCAGAAGUUUCUUAACUUUCCUCGACUACGCUUCCUUGGUGACCAGCACCGUGAAAGGGGAAAUAGACCUAUCAAAAAACAAAACAAGUGUAACCGAUUUCGUCACCGAUACCAUCAUGAAUGUGGGGGACUUCAUAAGCAGCUGGGCUGGACACGAGAGUGAAAUCGGCAAUAUGAUCAAAGCUCUAAGUGAGGUUAUGACACAAGUGAAUGCCAUCGUGGCUAUGGCUCCCCCCGAACCUCCGUCCAGCGCAGACAUGGCACAGUGGCUGGAUACCUUUAAGGACACGGAGGAGAUCAUAGAAGUUGUGACUAAUCAGACGGUAGGACGGCUGCAGUGGCAAGAGGCCCGCGAUACCUGCGGCAUUGUCUUAGGGGAUGAAGAGCUGUCCGACGCAGUGGACGGCGUGAGGCAGCUAAAAAUGGCUAUAUUCGAUCUCAUCGUCAAGAGCGAGGCACUCAGCGAGCAUAUCACAGUGUUUGCAAAUCUAAUCAUAUCCAUCAACCAGCAAGCAAGUGUUGUGGAAGACGACAUGGCAGCUGUUGCCUCUAGUCAGCAGAGCCUGGCUGAAGCAAAUGAGUUACUCAGCGAUUCGUACCUAACAGAGGAAAAUUAUUUAGACUACAUGGUAGACCAGAACGUGGCUCUUGCGAAGCUCAUGGUGCAGCUUUACCUCAAAAACCGGGUGGACCUCAUGGCUGCCUUCAACAUCCUCGGGGAAUACUGCGACGCAUAUUUCUACACGUUCUUGAGGGAGUGUCCUAUUCAAGCGUCCUACUGGGAUGACUACGAUACGAUGGUGUACAAGCUCAGGCAGCUGGACGUCUUGGCCCUGGACGCCGUAGGAUCUCUUGACCCUCCGCCUCAGCCUUUCGCGAUGACAUUCACGGUUUUCGACGAGGAAAACUGCGAGGACCCAGAUGACCCUCGCUGUCCCGUCGCGCAGCUGGCCUACACAGGCAUCAGCCACAUUGCCCUGAGUGACUGGUGGGGUCCUGAGCUCGGCUACACAGACCGCGUUCGCAUAGACAGAAUCCGCCUGUAUCUGGAAGGACUCGAUUUGACUCAGGUGACACUCUCCGUCACGCGACCUAUGACCUUCAACGACACGUGGCACGGUGUCACCCAUCGCUUCACAGGCCACGUCACCAACUGCCUCAUCAUCUACCAGGACCUGAGCUUCAUGGGGCACCAGGACGCCGACUACAUCACCGACUGCAGCACCGACCACAACUACGACCAGUACUAUUACCGGAGCACCCCCUACGGCGUCUUCAAGGUGGUCUGGUCGGAUUUCGUGCAAGGGAACAACUACACCGAACUAAUGGCCCUGCAGGUGUAUGUGGAAGGCAGCUGGAUACCUCGCCUUUGAUCCCGUGUUCCUGCCGAGACCGAUACUUCAACCCACGUAGGUCGCAGGAGCCUCAGUAUAUAUGCACCCCGUCCGUUUGCGUCGGAAGCGCUUUUAUCCUGCAGCUGCACGACUCGGUAUAUUCCAUUCAGUGUAAUAAACAAAGAGAUUUGGA